GACAUAUCUUGAGCCUUACCCUUUGCUCUUAAUCAUCAACAACUUGUUGACAACAAUUAUCUCGGUCAUUUUGUUUUCCCUUUUAAUUUUAUGGAUGGCAUUUUAAUCUAAAGAGCUCAGGAUAGUUAGAAGAUUAAUAUGAAUCUAAAUGAUUUACCUGAUGAUUGUUUACUUGUGAUUUUUGACCAAUUUUCUGAUCUUGGUUCGUUUCCGAAGUUAACAAAAGUGUGUAAACGAUGGAGAGAUUUAGUUCAAAUAAGACUACGCAAAGUUAUCUACUUGAAAUAUAUUGCUACUUUCUCGCUAGAAAUGUUUCCUGUCAAGCCUAAAUUGUUUGGUAAAUGUAUUCUCACUAAUGACCUCGUGCUUCUUGAGAGUAUUAAACUCUCUCAAUUUCUGCCAAAUGUUAAGAAAAUUAAAUUCUUUAAUUUUCAUAAUUAUGACGAACAAUGCUUAUGCUCAGCAUUAGCGAAUUUACUUGCCACUGGAAAUCCAAUCACUCAACUGAUCUUCACAAUUGAUGAUCAAAUUUUUUCGCAUUCAUGUCCAAUCAUUGAGAAUUUGUCUCAAUUCAUAAUACCCUAUUUGGAAAAUAUCGAACAUUUAACAACGAAUGUUAAUCUUCUAGUGGAAAAUUAUUUUCAAGCUUAUGGUAAUCACAACAAAUUGAAAAGUCUUGGUAAUCGUCUAGAUUUAACGAUAGAUUUGUCCCAUGUUUUGAAUUUCGCCGAUUCCAUGACCAAUAUUGAACUACUUUUCAUCGAUAGUAGAAAUAGUGAACAUUUAAAUCGUAUUUCCAACUACAAUGGACCAAUUUUCGAGAAGCUCGAAUCUCUCUAUAUCUAUAAUUGUACGAGGCUAUGUUUUAUCACUCGAAUUCUAGACUUUUGUCCAAAUUUACGAAAUCUCACUCUGAUUCUUCCUCUUGGCACCGAAAUAAUCCAAAUAAAUAGUGACAUUAAAAACCACAAUUUACAAGGAUUAUACAUCAAUCCUGGUUGUUCGUAUGGAUACGAUAUAAUUCCAAUUGUGGAAAAAUUUCCUAAUGUUCGAUAUCUUAGAAUCGAUGGAACCUUAACGGAAUCACAAUUAACUAAAAUUGUCGAACUACUCCCUCAUUUAUCAGUAUUGGUGUUUUCUGAUAGCUUCAAUGAUUCGCCAAUUAAGGAUGAUCGAAUCAAAACAUUUUGCAGAUUAAAAAAUUUAAGCAUCAAUUUUUUUCAUCAACUUAGUUGCCCAGAUUUGGAAAAUAACGAACUUCAUAAAAAGUUUCGAAACUCAUUUAAACGUAUAAACGUUAACAAUAAAGUUAACAAUUUUAAUCAAUAAAUUGUUGUAUCACAAUUCUCUUGUAUUGAAUAAUAAUUUGAUUCAAUAACAUAUUUUACCUGAAAAUUAAACUUCAAGCUAAUUAUUGACGAUUAAUAAUUGAUUAAUUUUUAUAUUUUGAGAAAAUAG